GGACGUUCUGACCAGAUGAUCGAAAAUGUCAUGAAAGUUUUCUGACGUGCCGUUAGUUGACAAAGUUGCACCCAAGGCAAAGUGGGCGUUAUAUUUUCCUAGUUAUCAUAGGGAGGCAUAACCGUUAUUGCGCCGAUAGCGAGGCCAUGCGCUGCAACGGAUGCCGACGGUUUUGGCUACCGCUGCCCGAACCUCGAAGCUGAAGGCGUUAGCGGCCCAUGCUGGGAGGAUGGGCGAGCGGCAGGACAGCCUCGAGGGCUGGGUGGCGGUCCGCGAGCACCUCUUCGACGCGGACCUCGUGGCGGUGCCCAGCUCUCCGCGCUUCUGCGUCGCCUACAACCGCGUCGAGGCCCAGUUCGCCGUCACCUAUGUCGAGGGCGAACGCCACGCCUGCGACGGCGACCGCUGCGCGCGGGCGGCGCUCUUCUCCGCAGACGCGCUCCGCGACAUCCACCGGCAGCUGUCUCUGGUCCGUCCGGCGCUCGAGAGCGCGUUUCCGCUGCCGCACUCGCGUCCCAAGAGUCCGCGGGGCAUCCUCGGCCUCCUCAACCUGCGGAACGGGGACGGGAGGCUCUUGCUGGACCCCUCCGCGGAGGAAGUCAUCUGUCGGGAGAUGGAGCAGUACCUACGGGCGGCGCUGGAGGCGGCGGGAAAGCGUCUGCUGUUCUCGCUGCUGUUUGGGGAGGAGGACUACCUGACGGACUACGAGGAGGACAUGCAGGAAUUCCGUCUGCGCGGCCUGGAGCGGACGCUGGACCGUGCCUAUGGCGACCUCUCAGAGGUGCUGUCCCUGCGCUCCCGCUCCGAGACGAUGCUGGAGCUGUCCACGGUGUACGCCCUGGAGGACCAGGUGGUGGCCAACGUGUCCAUCGCCCUGGCCGAGAUCUACAACUUCCAGCUGGGGCCCUUCCUGGAGCUGAGGGAGCUGGCUGCAGAGCGGGGGACGCUCGCGCGGCGCAGGGCCGAGGACCCGCGGCUGGGACCCCGGGUGCGCGGGGAUGCCCGGAGGGCGGCGGACGACUGGGAGGCGAGGGGGCAGGCGGCCAAUGAGGCCGCCCAGCACCUCUACCAGGAGUACUACCGGAGGACCGUGGAUCUCGUGGGAGGGCAGAGGAACCGCAUGCUGGAGGACCAGAAGAAGUUUGGGCGGUCGACGUUUGAGAUGCACGCCCUGACGCGCCUGCAGAAGCUGGAGGUGUUCGUCUGCCAGGAGAGGCUCAAGCUGCUCGGGGCCCAGAAGGGGACCAGGGAGCUGCAGCACAGCAAGAUACUCCAGCUGCUGAGCCAGGAGUCCGGGCUGAAGUGCGUCGACGGAUUGAAGGCGCUGGAGAACGAGGUGUACGAGUCUCAGCUGGGCAUCUUCGACAUCAGCCUGGAGAUGCUCAAGGAGGAGGAGGAGAUGCUGCGCAGGCAGAAGGAGAUCCUCGACCAGGCCUGGCACCAGGAGGAGCUGGACGACGGGAUCUUCUACGACGCUGUGGAGGAAAGAGAUCAGCUUGACGAGGACUCCGAGGCCGAGAGCUCGGUGAACCUCUCCAAACAGGAUCGGCUGAAGCAGCGACUCAACCGUCUCUACAGGAAGCGGGCCAACAUCCGGAACAAGAGGAAAGCCUGCGUUGCUGAGCAUCAGAAGAAGAUCAAAAGGAAAGAGGAGAGGCAGAGGCACGUCAAGCAGCACCAUUCCGUCCAAAUUAAGCGGGAGGAAACUCACAAGCGGUUGGAAAUGAGCCGCGAGCGGAUUGACAGCGAGCGUCUCAAGACAUUGGAACGGCUUCGGGAAUACAAGAGGAAAUACCGCAACGGAGCGCAGUACGACGAAACGCUCGUAGACGAUGACGCAUCCGGCGAGCGUGACGCGUCCUGUGCCUCUCCAACGUUGAUGUCCGACCAGAGGAUGACGCGUCCUUGGAGUGACAUCGGUUCAACGUCCAGGAGCAAACCUUCCGGGGACACGUUGCCUGCAGUCAAGGCCAUGCCAGGCACGAGGGACGGCAGGGGGGCAGACGCGACCCCAUCACUUCCCCCACUUCCCCCUCCCCCUCCCCCCCCUCCACUGCCGCCGCCCCCUCCACCUCCGCCGCCACCUCCGUCUGCAAUGGUGUCGUCGGCCAUACUUAAGCCCACUCCUCAGAAGAAAGAAGAGCCAGCGAAACCGGGGUUGAACAUCGACCUCUCUGCCAUACUGUCCGCCCGGACGAGACUCAAGAAGGUCCCGGACAAUGCAGAGGAUGGCGGCGAAAGCCAGGUGAAUGGCCACGGUCCGAAGGACUUCAACAGCGUGCUGUCGGCCACGCUGAAGCGAAUCAACAUGGCGUCGCACGACCCCGAAGGCUCGGACGAGCAGAGCGACGCCAACAGCGACUUCGACUGAGUCGCAGCGUCUCCGCGCUGGGUUCGUCUCAGUGUGGCUAACUGUAGCUAAUGCAAAGUAUACCAACUCCGUCCUUCACGUUGCUCUCACCUCACAAAGAAAAACAAAUUCUCACUGGGCAGUCUAUUUGAAUUGUGCGUGCUCUAUUCUGACAUACUUGUUUUUUAGUUCGCCAGUUUGGUUUUUUUGCCGCAACAUUUUUAAGCUGUCGACAAUACGGCUGCAAUCAUACUUGUGAUUUAUGUUGUAGUCUGGAAAGUGCUUGGAAUAGCGAGACAAGCCGCUUCCAUAAAGCUCUCUGCUUUCUAUGAUUGGUCGUUUCCUCCUCUCCGGCGUCUGUCCUGCUAAAGUGGAAAGGGUGGGGGGCCAUUGUGGAAGAAGCUUGUUCUGCUAUUCAAUUCUUGACUUGCAAGAGCCUGUAGUAAGCCUUCUGCUGUAGGAUCCAUCUUUUUUUUUUUCUGUAUUUCAUUUAACCCGUUACCUUUUGUGACGGGCGUUUUGUUUGUACGCUCGACAUUCAUGUUUGAAACCGCAUGUCCGAGAAUUGUGGGGAAUGUUAAGGGAGUGAUCAAAUGGUGCAAUAGUUUUAUGAAAAGACCGAGCGCUCUCUGCGUUAUUGAAGAGACGGGCUGUGGCCGGUUGGGCUCGGUGAUGUUCGUCCUUGUUGGUCCGUCGUAGAAACUUUUAUAAAUUAAGCGAAAUCUAUCGCCACACUUAGGGGUGUUGUACUUUUACCCCCGAUUCUGUUUUCUGCUAGGAUUUGUUUGCGGCGGAAGCUACGUGCCCCGUGGUUUCACUCAGAAAUCUAUGCCGAGCUAAAACAACUCUAUUUUAGGUUAAUUUUGGAAAGGCCAGCUUAUAUAACAUUGUUUUGUGAUGCGAGAUAUAGCUAGUAGUAAUAUACAGCGUGAAGCAAAUGGAUCGAUGACUGUUUGAAUGCGCCGCAUGAAUUGGUUUCUUAACGAAUCGAGCCAAGACUUUGUACAGAGGCGGCAAAAGAAUGUACAUUAAAGUUAAUCAAAAACUUGAAAUCUCUACCUGUGGCGUCUGUCUGUUGGAAAAAGGUGUCUGAUUGGCGCAACAGCCGACAGAUGAAGGCAGUAUUCUCUGCGUUGACGGGUAGGUGUCGGCGCCGAAGGCAAUGAGUAGCACAUUGUUCAGCGUCAGCUUUGGUGAUGACAGCGCUGUUGUUGAUGACAUGUUAAGGAGGUUUCCCUCCUCAUUGAGGCGCCUUGCCCAAUGUAGAGUUGUAGGGGAGACCGGAGGUUGCGGCUGAUACUCUGCCCGAAAACGGCGGCGUUCUUCUGCCAUUUGUCACUCGCUCGAUGGGAGCUAAAAGCUUUGUGAAGAUGACUUGCACCCCGAAACAGCACUGAUAAAAGUUGCACACUAGAAGCGCAAUAACAAGAGAGUGCAAAGCAGACGACAUGUAGCCGAAAAUAAUAAGAACGAGGCAACAUAUCUGUUUGGUUUUUCUCAUUUUAUCUUCAGUUUUAAUGUUUUAGUGCUAAAAUAAAAUAAUCAUGCAUUGACAAUUCGUGCGAAAAAAAGAGAGCAUCGCUUCUGGCGCCAAGGUUGAAAGAAGCGCUCACCCUGGCCGCCUGCGAUCUUACGGGCCGCCAUCUGCCGAAUGCUGCUUCAAUCAGACGCCCUCCUUUUAGCAGACGGACGCCGUAGGUAAAGAUUCCAAGUUUUUGGUUUCUAACUUUUUACUUGGGUAAGUUAGGUAAGUGAAAUUUUUAGAACCUUAAGGCACAUUCUUCUGCCACCUCUGUACAAAACCUUAGCUCAUUACUAUGUUCAGAAACCGACUUAUGCGGCCCCUUCAAACGGCCAUCGAUCCUUUUGCUUCACGCUGCAGUUUGUGUAAUGUACAUGCUUUGAUGUUUCAAAUCAAUUAUUUCUUUUAUGCCGUGCUCGUAGAUAGACUAUUUAAUAUUUGUUAGCAAUGUUUUUUUAUUUUUUAAAAAAAUGUGAGCCUCUGAAUGUACAGUGAGUUUCUCAGUGUGUUGCCGAAGCGUCGAGGCUUUUAACGGCGCUUCGUUAAGGCUAAAGCUGUCAUUGUUUUCGAAGGAACAUUUGUAUGUUUUUCCUCCUGCAUGUCAUAAACCAUGCAUCACAGAAUGUCGAAACUCAGCAUCAGAAAAGAGUAGUUAUAUCGGUGCUUAUAUAAAAAAAAGAGAAAUUUCAGCAUAGAACAUUACUCGAGUAACAAAAGUUACAAGAUACAUACUCCCGGCCCCUACCUCCUUGGUGACGACAUAGCAUCCUACAGAGAGACCACAUGGAUCCACGAGUGUCUACUGUCAUCAGGGGCUGCCACACUCCCAUUUCAUGCAUUUGGAGUUGCAUGUUGUGACCUUCGAGGUAACGUCGUGGGCAGAAACAUUCACGUAUUAACAUUACCAGUUGAUGUCGCUACGGUGCCUGAAACACGUCUAUGACUGGUGUGUUUGGUGUGUCGGAUGUUGCGACCAUGGCGUUUGGCCGUAGAAGAGAUCGCAGCCUGCGACAAGACAACGCUUCUACGACGUCGUCGGACGGAAAUCGAGGGAAAUCAAGGGACCACUUUUUGGGCGCGGUGUAAGCACACCUGUCGGAGACGCGUUCCAGACACCAUAACGUUACUUUCGGAGGGAGUUUCGGCGUCUCCUGAUGUGUAGUGUGAUCCCGGUGUGUGAGAAACCCAGUACGUGCUGUUAUGGCGAUGCAGAAUUUUAGGGCCAAAAUUUGUAAGAUGAAGCAGUGUCCCUCCCCCACCUUUUUAUGGUCACUAAGCAGCUUAGGAAAGCCCGAGCUUGUCUGUCUGUUUCGUAGGCUCGUCUGCAUUGAGCUUCGCCUGAUUUUAUGUUUCUCUCGAUCAGAGCUCGUGCUCAGGUGCCACCAGAAGCUAUGUGUUGGUACUUUCACACUAACGAUAAAUAUUUUUAAAAAAAAAGUCAGCGCUUGCCUUUUCUUGGAGCGUGAUCUGAAAGUCUUAUCCAACACCUACGAGAUAAAAAUGAAGUGCUGCAAGCAGUCACUGCUAUCUACGGUUAAAACACGGUAAAUCGCAAGGUGUAAAAAAUGUUUUGGUUUCAAGAUCAAGCUUGUGCUUGCCACCGAGCGGGAACAAAGCGUGUGAAACGUCGUGCUCGGCGUCACAUCGCAGUCCGCAUUUUUCGAUGGGAAUGUUUCUCCAGCGUCUUAUCACUGAGGUUCUUAGAAUGAUUGAGAAACACCCAAUCACUGUAUGUGGUCGCUGUGAUGCCUCUUCGAAUGAUCCGCUGAAAAUUGGACGUGUCAAAAUAUUUUUUACAGUAUCCUAGGCGUUACCAUUGAAUCAUUGUACUUCUGUUUUGGUAGGUUCUUUAAAGGGAAAUCUUUAAAGCUCCUACUUAUGAGUACCUAUGGAUGUUGCCCAACCGCACAUAGGCUUGUUGCUUGGCUCACAUUGCUCGCGUGUUGGUGGUGUGGCUUGUUGGCUAAUGCGCCCCCGUGCACAAAGUUUUGAAGGCUGUGAUCGCUGCAGCGGCGUAACGCUGGAAUUCUCAUAUCCGCUACAAUAUCUCUCAAAUUGCACUGUUUACAAUCUCGUGGAAUCAAUAAACAAUUUUUUUUGUGCCUAUA